UAUUUGAUCGAGACUUACGUAAGCGACACGCUAUCGCGAUUCAUCAAAAGCUAUAUAAGUUGAAAUCCUUAAAUGCGCGGAAAACAAUUGUUCAUUUGAAACGCGAUACUAUGAACAUCACGCGUGUACAAUAUUGUGGACUUUUACGAGUGAUUAGGCAGAUUAGUUUUGGACAAUUUUCUAUUUUGAAUGUACAAAUUAAAAAUCAUUCCACACGACACCCCGUACUUAUUCAAGCCUUACAAUUCUAUUUCAUUUUCAAGUAAAAAAUUGAGUUCAGGAUUUAAGAAAUAUUGGCUAGAUUUGCGAAAAACUUACAUAUUGCACUAUGAAAUAGCAUACUAAAAAAUUUGACGACAUAUUUUGAACUUCAUUGGCAAGCCAUGUAAAAAACAAUAAGAAUGUAACUGAUAUUUAUCGGUUCCGUAAACAUAAAUUUACUGAAUCGAUUGAUCGAACAGCUUAUUUCCUAAUGAAAAUUUUGAAAAACAAUUAUUAAUUAUUCUAAUAAUAGAAAAGACAUUUUGCUGUGAAAUGUGCAUACCUUUUUUAUACCUACGAUGCUUUUCGAUGUGGUCGAAACUGAAAGGAUGAACAGCGAGCGCUCUCAUGCAGUCGUCGAUAGCAAGCUAGUCAGAAGUCUCAUUAUAAAUCAGAUUGGUUAUGUUUACAUCAUACAGUGGUCGCCGUUUUUACGAAAAAAAGAAUAUUUUUUGUUAUGUGAUCGCUAUUUGCGAAGGAAAUUGAAGAGAAGAUUAUUGACUAGCAUGGCUUCAACAGAUAUAGAGGUGGACAAUCCACCUCUGACUUCUGUUUGUACAUCCCAGGAAGAUGGUACUUCCAGUUUACCGAAGGAACCAAGUAUUUCAAAGGAAGAAAAUAUUGAUGAUAAAGAAGAAUGUGCCCCUAGUGAAAAUACUAGUAAAGUUUUAGAUGCCAAAGGCCCGACUGAUCUAAAAAAUUCCAACGUAAAAAUUGUUCGUAGUACCAAGAGAAUGAGAUUGGAUAUUGACCUAGGUCAUUCUGGUGAUAAAAAAGAAACUAAAGAUGAUCCAGAGGCUGAAGCCAAAAUGAUAAGAUCUUUGAAAAGAUCUUGUGAGUUAUGGUCUAUGGAAGAUAAAAAUACAUUUUUUAAAGCUAUAAAUGAGUUCGGCAAAGAUUUUGAUGCUCUUCAGAGUUUUUUUUUGAUACAAGGGAAAAAAAAAGGACUGAAUGAAAAAAUGAUAAAGAACAAAGAGCAAAUCAGACAUUUUUACUAUCGAACAUGGUUAAAAAUAUCAAAGCAUCUUAAAUUUUCAGAGGAUGUAAAAAAAACAUCUCAAGAGUUAUAUGGCUUAAUUAAUUAUGGAGAAUUGAGGAGGAAGUUACCAAGAAUGCAUGAAAAAGUUCAAAUGAAGUUGAAUGAAUUAGUUUACUGGGGCUCUACACAAGUACGUUUACGAGGAAAAACAAUGAGGAUUAAAACCCCAAUAUGCAGAGCUCUUAGAAAACUGAAUCAACUUGAAGGAUGGCAAGAGGAUAUCAAAUUACCUUCUAGAGUGACAAUAGAACUGAGGCCAGGCAACAAUGUCACUUGGUGGCGUGUACAAGCACUGUCAAUGAACCCAAGAGUUAGAACUUUGGUUCCUAUUCAGCGUAGACUGUCUAGUAUACUGUCAUAUUUACAGCAGAGAUGGAGACCAUGGAGGGCUAAAACUUCCAAUGAAGUUGAAAACUUAGCAAAUUCAGAGGGUAAAGGUAUACACCUUUUACGAGUGACACCUCCUGAAGGUUGUAAAAUAAGCCUGCCAGUGGUUAAUUUGGGAGAAUAUUUGACAAGCAAUAGCGUUAGUUUAAAUUCUUAUGAAAAUCGACUUGGACUGAAAAGUUCUAGAACUGAACUGUUAGGUUCAGUGCAGCAUGUGAAGGGUAUUGGCAAAAAAGGCAUAAAGAAAUUAAAAGGAGAUAAAAGACUGAAUGUUCGAACGGACGAUGCUCCCGAUAAUAGUGAUAUUGAUCUUCUGGAGUCAAAUGCUACUCCUACUUUGGAAAAACCAUCUGUAUCUGCUGGAAGCUCAGCAGUAACAGAAUCUCAACCAGCCGUGACUAGUGGCUUUCCUGGUAGAGAAACUAUUGAGAGAAUCAGGCUUGGUUGGAACGUUGAGGAAGCUAAUACGAUCACUGUCGGAGAUUUAUUUUUAAUGUUUGGACGAGAUUCGAAAAUAAUUUUGGAGUAUUGGUGGGAGCAGCUAGCGCGAGAGGUAUCGACUGAGAAAACUGGUACGAUCGAAAGCCUGCAGAAUAACAGCUUGAGCUUAGCUUUGCAAAAAUUAUUGUCGAUAGCUAAACAUAGUUACGGCACCAGCAAAGGCUACGACAACGUGUCUGGCAGUAACGAAACUGUUAUCUCGUCAAGGAUACCUUCCACUCAAGAGUCCACGUUCAGAAGACCUUUGAUACCUCAAGCUUACCAUAAAAUGGGUGCACCAGAAGCUUUUCAAACACAGUUAGAUAAAUACAAGUCUCGCUUUUCAAGAAGAGGAAGAGCUAUGAGGCAAAGAAACUUAGUUGUCCAGAGAGUACUUCCUAGUACGCCAGUUCAAACGCGCGAAAGUAUUAUCUACCCCGGAACUCAAACUAUCAACAUCGACGGAAAAGUGGUCACGAUGACUAUUAUUCCUCCGGCUGAAAGUAUCGCUGAAGAGUCUAAUCAAGCUUUGGAUCCGAAUGUGCAAGAAAACACACAAAAGCAUUUUCUGGAGGGUCUGGAGGCUAAUGGAAAAGCUGACCAAGCUAAAGUUACUCAUUCAAAUGCCAGUAUUACAAGCGCUAUGCAAAUACUAAAUGAAGGAGGGCAACAGGGAUGGCUAAGUAGUGAUGCCGAUGUUUCCCUCAGCAGUUUUUUGGGCCUUUUAGGCGAAUCACCUGUGAAAAGUUCUCAAAGAAGUCAGGUUGAAGUUCCUAUGGUAGAAAUUAUAAGGCCACCGUCAGACGUGGCAAAUAUGCCUUGCAUUAUGAGCGAGAGUAGCGUCGAUUACACCGGUAGAUUUGCAAAUUUUGCCUCGCAAAUAGCAGCCGAAGAACAAAAGAAGUAAAAAUAGAAGAGUAAUAUGUUCUGAUAAUCCUCCCGAGGUCUGUGAAUAUUAUAUAUAUUUAUUCAACAUAGUACGCGAAGAAAUAACUUCAACGACGACAAGGAUAUCAUUAUCGUAGUUGUGAAAAGUGUUUUGUAAAUAUUCAUCGAUGUAAAUACGCCUCGUCUAAACGACCACAAACAAAACUGUUUUGUCUUACUAUAAAAAAAAGAA